GACGAGAAUUUGCGAACAACUUAAAACGAAAAUCAUGUGUCAUAAUUCCGCUGUGCGAUAAAAGGCACGCACUCAGCACAGCACAGUAUCCUCAGAACCUCUAGCGAGGAAGCACGGGACCUCCAGGAUUCGCACCUUCCCAGUAAGCCUAUAACCUUCCACAAUGACUUCCGAAUGCGACACUUGCAAGCUUCCAAUCGUAGGGAAAAGCAUCAAUGCAUUGGGCAAGACUUACCAUCCGGACCACUUCGUCUGCGGUAAAUGUAACAAGCCGAUUACAGAGAGUCCAUUCCAUCAGCGCGAUGGUAAGCCUCUGUGCGAUGCAGACUUUACAGAGUCUUGUCCGAAGUGCGCGGCCUGCAACAAGCCCAUCACUGACAAAAUAGUGACUGCGAUGGACAAGCAGUGGCACGAGAACCACUUCGUCUGCGCCCUUUGCAACGGUGCCCUCUUGGGUCAAGAGUUCCACCAGAAGGAAGGAAAACCCAUCUGUCAAAUUUGUUACCGCGGCAAAGUCGCCGACAAGUGCAACGGAUGCGGAGAGCCGAUCGAGACGUGCGCCACUAUCGCACUCAACGCCAAAUGGCAUCCCGAUUGCUUCAAAUGCAAAACUUGCGGAAAGGCCAUCUCCACCACCAAAUUCAAGGUGGACUCGAAGGGAUUCCCGAUGUGCGAAUCUUGCUAGGGGAUGAUCAGUCAACGAAAAAAAAAACACGAGGAGACGAGACAAACCCCGUUGAACAAAUAUUUUUAAAUUCUAAAUUUUAUUUCCAAGAUGUACAUUUUAUUUUAUUCCCCUUUUUACAUGUUUAUUAAAAAUACUUUUUUAUUUGAAUGUGCGUUGCGCUUCUUUACAUUUUAGCUUUCAGAAAUUGAAACGCUUAUUUUUAUACACCGCCCUGUGCUUUACUUAUUAUUACAUUAUAUAUAGAUUUAUCACGUGUAUAUUUAUAUAAAUAUAUAAACUGAUCACCUUAAUAAACUAUUGAUAUAUUCAAAAAA